CAAAAAUAUAUAUACUGAAUUUUUUGCCAGAAAUGUGUUUCAUACUACUUUACUGAAGUAAAAAUAUGUGAUGCAGUACAGACUGUUGUGUUUCAAUUUCAUUGAAGGAAUAUUAUUUAUUAUAUUAGUAUAAGAAUUUAUUUCGUAUGGUGUGUAGACGCCGACUUAUUUUUUGCUUGAUAUUUUUUGUUUUAUAUUUUUUAAUUAAUAAAUAUUAUGCCACCCCCAAGACCGAGGGGAGUUGGAUAUAAUACAGGAGUUGCGAAUACCCCAAUGUCAGAACGGCAACAAAUGGCGCUCCUAAUACAAAUGACUGCAACAUCAUCCUCAGAACAAGUUCGUACACACGUGAAAAAAAAUGAUCAUAAAAAGACUGAGGAGGUAGAAGAUAAUAUAAGCGAAAAGCAAGAAGGUCAAGAUAGCACAAAGGAUAAGAAAACUUCAGAUGAUGGUUUCGUAGAAACAAAAAAAGAUGUUAAUUCCGAUCAUAUUAAUACCUUAGAUACAUCUACCUCUUCAAAUAUUUGUAAACGUAAUUAUUCUGAUGUUGAUGAAGAUGAGUUUGAAGAAUCAGAUGAUGUGAAAAAGAAAAAACGCAAAGAUUCCGAUAAUGGCAAAGAGUCCAAAGCAAUGGUAAAUAUACGACUGCCUGGAAGAGUAGAAAAAAGUAUAAAGCAAACAUCUGCAGCUAAAGGAUCACCGAAUCCGAGUAAAUCAGUAACAGUUACAGAUAAGGAUCCCUCAGAGAGCGUAAAAAAUAAUACUGGAAAAAGUUUUGAAAAUGAUGGCGAUGAUGAAGAUUGUAAAAACCUUGAUAAUAUAUAUAGCGGUGGAUUAAAGGUACCUCCUCUAAAAAUUGUUAUACCGCAGCAAAAUUGUUCUCUAGAUACAGACGGCAAUGUAUCUCGAACAGGUAAAAUUAAUGCGUCUAGAAACGCAGCUCUACCCUAUGUUGUUAGCUCGAGUAAUGAAUCAGCAGAAAGAGAUUCUUCAGCUCAAUGUAAUAGUCCUCAUGAAAGUCCGGUUAAAGCUAAUACACCUUGCACAGCAACUGAAGAAAAAAAUAUUAAAUUAUCGAAUGAAGAAAAAAACUUGCAAAGAGUUCUUCGUAGUUCGCAUCGUUCUGGUGUAACGAGUGCUGAAAGAAGUUCAAACAACUCUUCGCCCCAAAUGCAAAGUAGUUCACCGUCACCUGCAUCGUUGAAUGCUACUGAAGUGAUUGAUGCAAAAGUGACGUAUAAUAACAUAACUACGAGCCCCUUACAACAACACCAGAAUUUUGAACAAGAGAAUCUAAUAAAUUUACCAAGUCCAUCAACAUCGACUUCAUCAUCGAAAGAUACACAAACUAAUAAUGUUGAAUUGCAUCCACGUAAACGAAAAAUACGUUCUAAAAAUGAGGAAACUAUUGCUAAACCGAGCAUAGAUAUUAAACCCAGCCCAGAAGCAACGUCAACAACAGUGACUGAUUCACAUCCUCAUGAUUUUCCAUUCACGAAUUGCUUUCAAAUGUUUUUGAACAUUAGAAGACAAAUUGAAAAGAAAUGGAAAAGUAUUGAUCCAGUGAAAGCCAGACCACCGCAAGGUUUUAAUGAGUAUCUUUUAUCAAAAAGAACGUAUCUACUUUCGGAAAAUGCGGAAACGAAAGCAAUUGAUACUCCUACGUUUGUGCCCCCGAAAAUGAAAGAAAUAUUUGUUAUUCAAGAGAAGGAACGAAGAGAACUAUCUCAACGACACACUGUAGAAAGAGAAAAGCUAUGUCUUAACGUUGAACAGGAAAUCAUUCGAGUGCAUUCUAAAGCAGCUAGAAAUAUAUCCUGCCAAUCAAUGCCAUAUUCUGUUUGUACACUGUUAAAGGAUGAAGAAGUAUAUAAUGUUAUAACACCUGAACAAGAAGAGAAGGACAGAAACGCGAGAAAUCGUUUCAAUGGAAGACUUUUACUUAGUUGGUUGCAGGACGUUGAUGACAAAUAUGAGAAAAUUAAAGAAUCUAUGUUAUUACGACAUCACAAUGAAGCUGAGAGCCUACACGCUGUGCAACUAAUGGACUGGGAAAUUGCAUUAAAGAAAUACGAAUUAUGUGAUUACAACACUCAGUUGGUUGUUGAGAAAGAUCAUGUGCCAAUUGUGCACGUAAGCGACGAUUUUGAUCUUUUGCCAGCUUAAAAUAGUUAUAAAUUAUAAUACUUAAAGUAAUAAAAUUUAGAUUAAUUUAAAAGCUU